AUGUCCGACCCGGCAGCUGCCUUGGAACCAUUCCUCAUUCUCGUGAGAUCAACAAAAGGCGCUGCAGCCGCCAAAAUCAUUCUGGACGCGACCGCAGCUCCCGGUGUUUAUGUCUUUGGUGAACUUCUGGAUGCCCCCAAUGUUCAGCAUGUGAGUGGGACUCCUUCAUAUAAAGGUCAUAUCGAGCUGUUGCGAUUGUUUGCCUACGGAACAUUGUCAGACUAUGAGAAGAACAAGUCUUCAUUCCCCGAGCUCAAAGAAGCUCAUAUUCACAAGCUCAAGCAAUUAACCCUUGUCUCUCUUGCUUUACAUCAUCGCUCUCUCAGCUACGACCACAUUUCAUCCGCGCUUCAACUCGAAUCCAUCCGCCAAGUCGAGGAUACCGUCAUCGACACCAUCUACGCGGGAUUGCUCACCGGCAAGCUCCAUCACGAUCAAAAGGUACUCCACAUCGAUUCUGUCUCUGGCAGAGAUGUGCGCCCGGAAGACCUUGAACAGCUACAACAAGGCUUGGCCAACUGGUGCCAAACCGCCCAAACCCUCCUCUCUGCCCUCGACAACCAGAUCAACACUCUCCGCACCGCUUCAUCCGACGAGGCCUCCCACAACUUUGCCUACAAGAUCCACAGGAACGAAGCUUACCGCAAUGUCCAAGCUGAACUCGCGCACGAAAAGGCCUCUGGCGGUUUCGCUGGCGCGGCAUCCAGGGAGAAGAUUUUGGGCGGGUUCGGGAGCGGCAGAGGUGGGGAACAUGGAUGGGAGGGACUGGGAGGUGGGGAAAGACUUGGAGGGAUGCAAGAUGGAGGGGUGAGCGGCUUUUUGUCGAAUCUGCAGAAUGUUGGGAAUCUGGGAGGAGCUUUUACGUCUGGGAGGAAGUGGGUGCGCUCAGACUAG